AUGUCCGACAUUGACGGUGUUCAAGUGCGAGCUAAACUGGUAGUACUCAGCUGUUGUCACAGUGGGCGUGGAUUGAUUAAAAAGGAAGGAGUUAUUGGAAUCGCUCGAGCAUUCUUAGCAUCCGGUGCACGUUCAGUGUUGGUAGCAUUGUGGGCUGUAGAAGACGAAGCAACGGCGAACCUCAUGAAACAUUUCUAUAAACACCUUGUUCGUGGAGAAAGUGCGAGUGAAUCUCUUCACCAGGCCAUUCAAUGGUUGAGAAGCAAUGGUUUCCCCAAACUUUCCCAAUGGGCUCCGUUUGUGCUGAUAGGGGAUAACGUGACAUUUGAUUUUAUGGAAAAAGGGUAA